CGCUUUGAUGUGUUCUUAGAGUUCCUAGCCAGUGAAAACUCGACACUAUGGCUUGUAGCUCAACGAAAACUAUCGAUGAAAUCGAUGAUCUGUAUGAAAUGGUUAAAAUCAUGGAGGCCCUUGAUAUUUCGUCGAGAGGGUUUAAAACGUUAGACGAGUUGAAAACUCAGGUUAUCACUACAUUAAACCAGUCUCAAACUAAGCCGAACUGGGCUGCAGGUCAGGCAUUCUCUAUUCUGUCAGAUGCAAGAGAUCACGACAUGAGAAAGAUGAAAAUCUUAUCUGGUCUUUAUGCUGAAUGCGAGGAAUGUUUGACUGAAAUGGACGCCAAAAUUCGCUCACUGCUUAAGCGCCAAAUAGGUAACCUUGACGAGCUGAUACGAAAACACCAAAUAGAUAUGAAGAGAAAAGAAUACGUCCUUCUAGUAGCAGGCGAGACUGGCUCUGGGAAGAGCAGCUUAAUAAAUCUAAUUUUGGGAGAAGAACUUCUUCCGUACUCAGUACUCAGUACAACUUCCGCAAUUUGUGAAUUGCGAUAUGGGGAGAAACGUAAAAUAGUGGCCCAUUUCAAAGACACGGAUCCUAAAACAGGGCAUGAAACUUGGGAAUAUUUCCUGGAGCAGCCAGCAGAAGCCUCUGAUGAAAGUUAUCUCCAGCAGCUCUCUCCGUUUGUCCACGUGAAGGAUACAGAUCGAGAAAAAGGUUCCGUUUAUAAAAAGAUCGAACUCUUCUGGCCUCAUCAACUCCUGCAGAAAGGCGUUGUUAUUGUUGACAGUCCUGGAAUUGGAGAAUCCGAACUCAUGGAUGAAGAGGUCGUGAAGUAUCUACCUGAAGCUUUCGCAUUUAUUUACGUCAUCAAAACUGACAACGCCGGAGGAGUCCAGAAAGACAGGCUCGAAAAGUUGCUGGAAGAAGUGAGAAAAGUGACUCUUAAUGAAAAGGGAGAAUUUUCAUCGAAGAGCGCCCUGUUCGUGUGUAACAAGUGGGACCAAAUACCUCAGAAAGAAAUCGAAGAGGUAAAGAAAUACGUGAUCAGAAAAUUGGAAAAGUGUUGGCCCGGUUUUGUUCCAGAGUCACAGAUCAUCUACAUGUCAGCAAAAAAGGCGAUUGACGCCCAGAAAUUGGGAAUCAUCACAAAUGACUUCCUUUCCUUGAUGAAUGGUAUAAGAUCCACGGUCAUGAAGAGCAUAGAGGCCAGACUGGAAAGUUAUUGGAGAUGGCUUGAUUACCUCCUUUCACGAAUAGUUUAUCAAGCAAAGGCCUUUGUCAUGAAUGCCAAAAGAGAUCGUGACAAGGUCGCCAAGAAAAUGGAAAGAAUCAAUAACCGUCUGUCAGCUAUUGAAAGCGAACAAGGAAAAGUGGUGGAAGACCUUCGAAAACACCUGAAAGCUAAAAUCGACGAGGCAGUUCAAAAGCUUUCCAUAUUUCUCAAGUCAGAUGAGGUCAAAACACGUUUCAUCUCAUGGAACUUGGAUGAGGUUCCUGAAAUAGAGGUCUCGUGGCAGGUCACAGAAAACAAUAUCAAUAAAGCAUUGCAAACAAGGUUGAAGGAAAUCAUAGAACAUUGGGAGGAAGAUGAACGAGUAUUUGCCGAUGCUCGAGAUUCCCUCCUGCAUUAUUUUCAGGAGCAGUACGAUUUUGUCGAGGGGCAAAUCCGGAAUCUGCAAGAUAGUGUCACGACUGAUGACCCAAUUAGUGUUUCAGAAGCUGAUCCCUCUGCUGAAAACUUUUCUAUGGCAGUAAAGUUUGCUAUCGGUUUUACCAGCCCAAUCUGGGUUCCACUCACUCUAAUUGCUUUGGUAAUUGGCAGCCCAAUAGUCGGCAUAAUCUCGAUCAAAAACAAAAUUGAAGAUUCAAGGAGACUUAGGAGGUACGAAAAAGACAGAUGCUCUCUCAUGGCUGAGAGGUCAGUAGACUACCUCAACAAUGCCACAAAUGAGUCCAUUCUCAAGGUGUUCGUAAAGAGCCAACUAAGCGAGGCAAAAUUGUGUCUGAAGCAUAUUGAGGCCCGUAUUCCAGAGCUAAUACAUGCUGACAAGAUGUUGUAUAAUCAACUCAGGCAUGAAACGCGGUCACACAAAGAGAUACAGGAGUCAUACCAGCCUGUCCUGAAUCGAGCAUUGGAAAUCAGAGGACAGCUAGCGUUAUUUGGCCUGAGAGAAAUCCGUACCGCUGACAUCAGCAGCCUGGAGCUUGAGUGGAAAGCAGACAUGUCUCUUCUUCUUGGUCAAGGAGAGUUCGCAACGGUGAUCGAAGGGAAAAUGAAGAGGCAUGGUGAGGAGCAAAGCGUUGCAUUAAAAAUUUGGAACGAAUCCCUUGACAUCAACAACGCAAGUCAUGUUUUGGCAGAAGCGAGUCUUCUAAGGAGGUUGGAUCAUCCUCACAUUGUGAAGUUCUAUGGUACAUCUCUCCUCAAAAGAGAUGGUGAGGAAAGAGCAGUAAUGGUGUUGGAAAAGUGCAAGGAAAACUUGAGGACCCACAUCUUCAAUAAUCGAGCCUAUGUUCCUGCAGAAACAAAAGAUAUUGCAAGUAUUAAAACAGUUAAACGAUGGGCAAGAGAGAUAUCGGAUGCACUCGCGUUCAUACAUAAAGAGGGGGUUGUCCAUCGAGAUCUCACAUUGGAGAAUAUCUUGCUAUCAGCAGACAACUCAGUAAGGAUUGCCGAUGUUGGGGAGUCCAAAGAGGCAAAGGAUAUCACAGGAUCAUGGGCUGGAACAGUUCUUUAUAUGGCACCUGAGGUGUUUCAAUCAAAGAGAUAUAGCUUCCAAGCAGACAUAUACAAUCUUGGAAUAAUUUUGUGGGAGAUGUGGUAUGGAAGACAGGCCUUCGCCGGACUAAAGGGGCUAGCACUAAAAGACAUCUCAAAGAAGAUAGCUGAUGACGGUUACCGUCCAGAAGUCGAAAGCAGCAAUUAUAGGAAACCUCCGCUUCCCUGGAAAAAUCUAAUGACCCAGUGUUGGAGUCAAGCCCCAAACGAACGCCCUUCAGCUAAGAAAUGUUACAUGGAAAUCAAGAAAAAUUAUGCGGCAGUCAUUAGACUGUGAUACCAAACUUGACUCUGGGCAGCAACGAGGCAAUGCGAUUAGAUUUUUUUUCUAAUCGUGAUGGUGAACUGUUUCUACUUCUCUGGUGAAGUCUAUAAGCUAAAAACGUAUCCUUCGCAAAACUAUCGUAGUGCAUAGUUGUCUAUGUCUGUUGUCGUCUACUGAACCAAAAGUAACAUAUUUCUGUCUUCUUUGCCACUGACUCAGUGGCAGAGAAGACGGCCUACCUAACAAAGUCAGCAACGUUAGCACUUGAUGCAGUUUGUGGUCGUUUCGCCUAUAAUUCGUUUCUCUAGUGACCAGUUCAUGAUCAGUAACCGGCGUCUUAAGUCGUUUCGUUAACGUCCCAUUGGUCAUUUCGCCAACGCAUUAAAAAACAUUUAAUGAUUCCUUCGACAGAACUUCAUCGACUUCUAUUAAGACUCUUAAGCGAAACGAAGGGUUACCUCAGAUGCCUAGGGCGACGUUAUAGUUAACUUUUCGCGAUCGUUAUUUCAAAAAGAUACUCAUAAGAACUUUACGCCAAAACAUAAAUUUUCCUAUUUACAAAUAGAGAAGCCUCUAUUGUGCUCUGUUCUGUUGUAGAUCACGUAGGAAGAGGCUAGCACACGAAAGACGUCUCCCCCCUUAUCUAAAUUUUCUACUUGGUUUGGAUGCGUAGCAUUCUCUGUAAUCGAAAUGAUUUAGCAAUAAUAUCUUUUAAUAAAAAUUUUUUGCAUAAUAUCUUAACUUUACAGUUACAUGAAAAUAUUCAUCCACAAGCUGCAUCAAAGAGUUUCCACGGGUAACCGUAUGAACGUGGAAUUCCCGUAAACAGAUCUAGAUACCGAAAGACGCUCACCACUGCAUUAUGGGUCCAAGUGUCUCCAGUAGCUUGUUUUCUUCCGGAUGCCGUAUGGAGGCCUUUUGCUUCUCUUUACUCUUAAUAGCUUUUCUUGUAUUCUCGAUUGAAACAUACAGCAUCUCUUAGGUAGUUAAAUUCUGGUUUGAACCCGCUCCUCUACUGUUGCUGGAAGACCAGGGAAGUGAGGCAAGCACCAGUGAAGGGCACAUUAACGCAGUAUUUCGGUUUUAAUAGUCAUAUGUCAUCAAUCAGUGCGAUAUUUUCGCUUAAGUUCUUGAAAACGAUAAAAUGACUUCCGCUCUCGAGACCUAAUUAUUGUUCUUAUAUUUUCGUUUCCCAACUCAACGAGUUUAGAUAGUAAUUAACAGUCACUAGCGAAAUUCUCCCUCUCUUCCACACCAAGAACAUUUAUACUCAGCGAUGUUUGCGACCGGACUAUAAUCUCAGAAAUUAGACCCUUAAGAGGCAGCACCCUUAUCACAAUUAUCGCCUCUUUUAAAAUACUGAUGAUGCAGGAAGCGAUGUUUCUGUAAGGUUUACUUUUUUAACCAUAACCUCAUAUCAAGUAUAGUUAUGAGGAAACUUAGAGUACUUCAACGCGUUCUGUUUUGUCGACUCAAUAUGUGUAGGUAGUUUUGAAACCCUUACCGCGCCCGUGACUGCUCCUAAAGCAGAAACUGAAUCACUUCAUGAGUAAUAGGAAAUCAUUGACAAUGCAGGAUGCAGGAGGAAGAAGAGAUUUUUCUGUUCGGAUGAACAUAAAUCAUCAUUGUUAGUUUUAGAGUUUUACUACCGGAUUUCAGCAACUUAUUGUUCGCUCUAGCUGCUUAAUGUGAUGAUAAAGUUGGAGCGUGAACGUCGCUCAAUAAUACAAGUUAAUCCUGCUUCAAACCAACAAAGCUUAUUUAAAAUAGGCUCGUCUCUCAAUACUCUUGUUCCUAGCCGAGUGACUAAAAUUUAAGACCGAGAUUUUAGUAGAUACAUUUAAUUGUGAACUUUAUUUCAAGACUCCUUACGAAAUCUAGUAUGCUGCAUCGGCUUUGACGCCCUUUCGCCCUAACAGCACAGAAUUUCAGUCGUAUUGAAGUAUACGGACUAGUUAUUAGAUAUAAUACGUUUGUAAUUCAUUCUUUGUACAGUCAAAGACGUUGCACUGAUCCAUGAUGGCAAGUUCGACUAACUUGAUUUACUUUGGGAUAAUACACCUUAUUUUAUCACUAAAAAUAUGCUUAC